CACUCCUUUACAUUCUUACAUAUCUCAAUUCCAAAUCCUUAGCCUUUACCAAUCAAGCUUCUUCAUUCCUUCUAAUUAGUUUUUCUUAGCCAUUUAAAUUGCCAAUUGCAAUGGCUUUGAAAACUUCCUUUUUGUUCGCUUGUUUCCUUCUCGUAUCCACCCAGGUGUACGCUAAUUGUCCACCGCCUGAGGUUCACACUUCUCCCCCAGUCUACACCCCACCAAUGGCUCCUACCACUCCCCCAACUCCUGCCACUCCACCAACCACCACUCUUCCAACUCCCGCAACUCCACCAGUCUCCACCCCACCAACGGCUCCAACCACUCCCCCAACUACCGCCACUCCCCCAACCUACACUCCAACCACUCCUCCCACAACGCCCCCAAUCCCCGCCACCCCACCAACUUCUGCCACACCUCCCACAACUCCCUCAACCCCUGCCACCCCCCCAACUACCGCCACCCCCCCAACCUACACUCCAACCACUCCCCCAACAACCGCAACUCCCCCAACCACUUCCACUCCCCCCACCACCCCCCCAACCACCGCUACCCCACCGACCUACACUCCAGCUACUCCCCCUACCACAACAACUCCCCCAACCACUGCCACUCCCCCAACCACCGUUACCCCACCGACCUACACUCCAGCUACUCCCCCAACUACUGCCACUCCCCCGACAACCGCUACCCCACCGACCUACACUCCAGCUACUCCUCCGACCACCGCAACUCCCCCAACUAUUGCCACUCCCCCGACCGCCACCUCCCCCCCACAACAAACUCCAUCCUCUCCUCCAACUACCUCUACUCCCCCAACUUACACUCCUCCCCCGGCAACUCCUUACAACCACGGGUUCUGCCCAACGGAGUGCUUUAAGAGGUGUCAAGCUUCCCCUGCUUACGUCGGAAGGACAAGGAUGUGUGUGAGGAUAUGCAGUCAAUGUUGUAUAGCCAACUCUAAAUGUGUUCCCAGUGCUACCGUCACUUGCCCCUCCUGGAACGACAUCCUCUACCACGGGGUUACCGUCAAGUGCCCUUAAAUGCAACACAUAUUAAUCCACCAGACCACCACCACUUUGUUUCAACGUAAAACUACAAUUUUACAGUUAUGUACCUCUCACGUACUAUGUUAGCAACAUAAUUAAGUUCUUGGAACUUCAUUUUAGUUACUUCCAUUUGUAAUCCUUUCAUAUAAUUAGUACGUCAAAAUAUAUAUACUUGUCAAUCAGGGUGGUAAUAUGCACUGAUUAAUUAGAGAUUAUCUCAAUUAAUUAUCCUAUAGCAGUGCUCUUACUUUCUAGUUAGUCUGUUGUACUAGCUCUUGCUUUAAAUUAAACAAUAAUUAAAUGAAGUGUAGUUUUUCCUUACGUUUAUGAUAUGGUCCAUUUCCUAUAUA